AUGCAACAAACUUCAGAAACUCUUCUAGCAAACAGCACUAUCCAGUUCAACACUUCUUGCGAAAUUUGUGGCAAAGAUUACGACCCACUAAGCCAGCUCCCCUACAUCCUUCAAUCUUGCAAACACUAUUUCUGUCUUCCUUGCCUUAACAAAAACAAGAUGCGCUCAACAGCUGAAACCACUGGCUCAUUAUUCUACGUUUGCCCAACCUGCAAAGGUAAAAGUAGAUACGCUGACAAGCACUCAUCCCUAAUAAAAUAUCUAGAAAAAAAGGUCUGUAUCCAUCAUGGUUUAGACUUCGUCGCGUUCUGUCCUACUCACGAUCAUCUAUUAUGCUCGACCUGCUUGCCAGAGCACAAGCGUCAAGAAUACUUUAUGCUAGACAGUCCCAAAAUAAAAAAAUACACAAAAGAUAAAGAAGUUUUACUGACAGAAUUCGUGAACAGAAUGCAUGACUAUGUGAAUGAGUCUAAAAUAGAAGUCCAAGAGCUUGAAGACUUAAGAGACCAGAACAGUCAGUAUGAGGUGCAUAUCAGUAAAAUCAUUGAGGCCAAAGAAGAAAUAAUUAAGCGAUUAAAUGAAAAAACCCAAGCCUGCAUUGAUGAAGUUGAAGGAAUUAUAAAGAAAAAAGAAAUAAAAGAGCUGCUGCAGAAAGUGACUGAUAACUUGAGCCAUUAUGCAAAAGCUUUCAAACUUAUGCAGAAAAAGAAGGAUAAGUUUCCUAACUUAGAUGUCGUGAGCCAGCUUGAAAUAAAAAAUAAAGAUAUGAUGCUUGUGAAGCCAGCGAAAAUGUUUAAUAGAGAUAGACUUGUGGCACCACCGAUAGAUUCAAUUGAGUAUGAAGAUUCAAUACAGCAGGGGGCCCUUGCUUAUAAAAAGAGAAAAUUAAAGAUGGAAGAAGAGCCUGAAGAAAUCAGGGAAAAGAUAACGAAUGAGCUGAUUCAAGAUCAGCAGAGUGCAAUGCAGAUUGAAGUAAAAGAGCAAGAAAUCGUCAAGUCUGAGAUGGAAACUAAAGAGCUAGAAAUAAGCAAGCCUGAGAUGGAAACAAAAGAGCUAGAAAUAAGCAAGCCUGAGUUGGAAGCAAGCAAUCCUAAACCAGAAAUAGAAGCUAAUUAA